CCGGCCACCGCAUCUGGGAAUUCUGAGUCUGUAGUGUCUCACGUUAGAGAGGGAAGGGGGUGCUGGUUGUAGGACCGAGAGGUCCACGGGCUUAGCUGGGGGCUUAGGAGUUCUGGUGUCCCCGGAAUCUGACCUGGCAGGUCGGGGUGGGGGAAGAAGUCGGGAGGAAUUCGGGAAUUGAGACUUGAAAGAAAGGAGUAUAUCUAAAAUCCAGAAGAUUGGGAAUCCCAGCGCGUGGAGUUGUGGAGAGGGGCAGGAAUAAAGGGAUGCCGUGCGGAUGCUCAACACCCUGCAGACCAACGCCAGCUACCUGGAGCAGGUGAAGCGCCAACGGAGUGACCCCCAGUCACAGUUGGAAGCCAUGGAACGGUACCUUGCACGGAGUGGGCUGCAGGUGGAGGACCUGGACCGGCUGAACAUCAUCCAUGUCACUGGGACCAAGGGGAAGGGCUCCACUUGUGCCUUUACUGAGCAUAUCUUGCGGAAUUAUGGCCUGAAGACGGGAUUCUUUAGCUCUCCCCACCUGGUGCAGGUGCGUGAGCGGAUUCGCAUCAAUGGGCAACCCAUCAGCCCCGAGCUCUUCACCAAGCACUUCUGGCGCCUCUACCACCGACUAGAGGAGACCAAGGACAGCAGCUGUGUCUCCAUGCCUGCCUACUUCCGCUUCCUUACACUCAUGGCCUUCCAUGUCUUCCUCCAAGAAAAGGUCGACCUGGCAGUGGUAGAAGUGGGCAUCGGCGGGGCUUAUGACUGUACAAACAUCAUCAGGAAGCCUGUGGUGUGUGGAGUAUCUUCUCUUGGCAUUGAUCACACCAGUCUUCUGGGAGACACAAUGGAGAAGAUAGCCUGGCAGAAAGGGGGCAUCUUUAAGCAUGGCAUCCCUGCCUUCACCGUGCUCCAGCCAGAAGGUCCCCUGGCCGUGCUGAGGGAUCGAGCCCAGCAGAUCUCAUGUCCUCUCUACCUGUGCCCACCACUGGAAGCUCUGGAGGAAGGGGCGCCACCACUGAUCCUGGGCCUGGAGGGAGAGCACCAGAGAUCCAAUGCAGCCUUGGCCUUGCAGCUGGCCCACUGCUGGCUCCAGCACCACAACAACCAGGACAUCCAGGAGCUGAAGAUGUCCAGGCCAAGCGUCCGGUGGCAGCUGCCCCUGGCACCUGUGUUCCAGCCCACAUCCCAUAUGCGGCAUGGGCUUCGAGACACAGAGUGGCCUGGCCGGACGCAGGUGUUACUGCGUGGGCCCCUCACUUGGUACUUGGAUGGCGCACAUACCACCAGCAGCAUCCAGGCCUGUGUGCGCUGGUACCGCCAGGCGCUGCAGCGCAGGGAGAGGCCGAGUGGAGGGCCCGAGGUGCGUGUCUUGCUCUUCAACUCCACUGGAGACAGAGACCCUGCCGCCCUGCUGAAGCUACUGCAGCCUUGCCGGUUUGACUAUGCUGUCUUCUGUCCCAACCUGACAGAGGUGUCAUCCACAGGCAGCGCAGACCAGCAGAACUUCACUGUGACAUUGGACCAGGUGCUUCUCCGUUGCCUCCAACACCAGCAGCACUGGAACUGCCUGGGUGAGGAGCAAGAUAGCUCCGAUCUCUGGAGUUCCCCAAACCUGGAGCCUAGUGGACCCACAUCCUUGCUGUUGGCACCCCACUCACCCCAUCCCUGCAGUGCCAGCUCCCUUGUCUUCAGCUGCAUCUCCCAUGCCUUACAGUGGAUCAGCCAAGGCCGGGACCCCAUCUUUCAGCCACCCAGUCCCCCAAGGGGCCUCCUUGCCCACCCCGUGGCCAACAGUGGGGCCACUGUUCUCCGUGAGGCUGCAGCAAUCCAAGUGCUGGUCACGGGCAGCCUGCAUCUGGUGGGCGGUGUCCUGAAGCUGCUUGAGCCCUCCAUGUCCCAGUAACCACGGUGGUGGGGGUAGAGGUGGGAGCCUCCCACAUCUGCCCUGAACUUAUACCAGGUGCCUUUCAGUUCUGCUUUCCUGAUUCUUUCAAGACUGGUUCAGGGUCCUGAGCUCUGCGUGGUAGAGUAGAGGGCUGGGAGAGGCUCUGUGCCUUGGUCUGUCCUUCCUCUCACUGAGACAGUGGAGGGCUUCCCAGGGUCCCCACUAUUGUAGUACAUGUGCAUCUCCCCUCCCGCCCUUCCUACCUCCCGGUUCAGGCCUAGCUUACUGUAUGAGUUGCCUGACUGAACCAGGGUCCACCCCGGGUACCAGAUGAAAGAGUUCCUCUUCUCAGUGUCUUCUGGGAAAGGAGAAAGUCCCUGCCUGGGGCACCCUAGAAACAGAGGGUGGCUGGAGUGAAUUAAAGCCUUGUAGCACUUUUUUUUUUUUUUUUUUU